AUGCGUCAAAUGCCUUUCCCCGUUCUCGGAUGGGUGUAUCCGCUUUCCUGUUUCCUUUUUCCCCUGGCAGCAGCUAGUCCACAAAUCCUCUGGACUGAUUGUCGCCAGCAUGUUCCACCUAGGACUGUUUUCGACUCGACUGGCGUGGACCUUCAAGACCUUCCUUCAACACUUAAGUGUGGCCAGAUUGUCGUGCCAAUGGACUACUCGAGGCCACUAAGUGAGAGUAACAAUAUAACUCUCGGCCUCGCCAUGUAUCGACCCAUUCAGCCAAAAGGCAUCAUCUUCUUUUGUCCCGGUGGCUCAGAUAACGGUGUGGUAUACGCAUGGAAUGCUGCUCUCAAUAUUACCUCUCCGUUUACUCCUGAUUUCUCAGGGUUGACAGAUUACGACUUGAUGAUGAUGGACAUUCGUGGGACGUAUAGCUCCAAUCCUCUGAAUGUUUCGUUGGACAAAGUGCUGCCUUUGUUUGCCCCCUACCCAACAUCUCAGGCCGAAUUCGAGAAUGUGAGAGAGAUCGCCGCUGCCGCCAUACAGUCGUGGGUUGAUUCGAACUUACCCCAUGGAAUCAUCGGACACGUCGGAACCCGAGAGGUUGUGCAGGACUACAAUCAGAUACGUCAGGCUCUAGGUUACGAUCAAGUCCAUUUCCUAGGUGCUUCUUAUGGCAGCUAUCGAGCUUUACAGUUUGCCCACAUGUAUCCUGACUCUGUGGGCCGCUUUGUGUUGGACGCGGUAGUGCCGCAUGGAGUUCAAGCGGAAGAUCAGAUAGUAGCCGCAAAUCGUGUGUUAUUGAGGGCAGAUGCAUAUUGCCAGAAUAACUCUUCAUGUCCCCUUAGAGAUGCAGGCAAAGGCAGUGUUGCAAGAGCAUACCGUGGGAUCAUCAAGGCGGCCUCGAACUCAUCCAUCGAUUCUGUUUGGACGAUUCAAUCAGUCAUCUCUGGACUAUUUCAGGGUCAGCCAGACUUUCCCCAGGUUAUUGAUUUGAUUUCCACCUUGUCGUCGAAUAUCAGCGCCCUAGAAGCUUUGCCGGAACAAGCAUUGACAGUCGAGAAUAUCGUGGCUUACAUUCUGGAGUGCGGCGACUCUCGUACGUCACAAACCAAAACCUUCUCCGAAUUUCACAAAUCUCUGAACGACGGCUUGGUGGUAAAAUCUCAUUUGAAACUCGACUUCAACAGAGGCAUAAGGCUGACCGAGCUUGCUUGCUCAGCUUGGCCUUUUGAUACAGCAUCUUUGGAACGGCUCCGUACAGAACUACCCAUGCUUCUCGUCACAGCAGAUUUCGAUGGCAGCGCGCCCACGGAAUGGACGACGAUGGCAAUGAGCGAUAUUCCGAAUAGUCAUUUAGUUGUCCGGCAUGGCGACGACCAUGUUUCAUUUAACUUACCCUAUCAAUACUCAGCCGAGAUCGAGAACGGCUUCUUGCGGACAGGAGUUUUACCGCGGAAAUCGAACGAUAGUUCUGUGACUGUCUACGCACCGCCUAUGAAGAGAGGUCCCAUUGCCGACCCUUACAGCGUUCCGACUGGGUUUUGGGCGGGCGACGUGGAUAGUGAAUGA